AUGCCGUCUGGGGGAGCCCCACCGCGCUCCAGUACGGCGAAGCAGCCCCCGAGGGACAUGGCUUCUUCCGGGUUCUCACCUUCCCCCCAUCCCUCCCUCUCAAACGGUCGAUGUAUCCCUCUCUCCCUCCCUCCCUCCCUCCCUCCCUCCCUCCCUCCCUCCCUCCCUCCCUCCCUCCCUCCCUCCCUCCCUCCCUCCCUCCCUCCCUCCCUCCCUCCCUCCCUCCCUCCCUCCCCAAUCCCCUCCCUCCCUCCCCAAUCCCCUCUCUCCCCCUCCACCUCCCCUCCCUCCCUCCCUCCCUCCCUCCCUCCCUCCCUCCCUCUCCCUCCCUCCCUCCCUCCCUCCCUCCCUCACUCCCUCCCUCCCUCCCCAAUCCCCUCCGUCCGUCCGUCCGUCCGUCCGUCCGUCCCUCCGUCCCUCCCUCCCUCCCUCCCUCCCUCCCUCCCUCCCUCCCUCCCUCCCUCCCUCCCUCCCUCCCUCCCUCCCUCCCUCCCUCCCUCCCUCCCUCCCUCCCCCCCCCUCCCUCCCUCCCUCCCUCCCUCCCUCCCUCCCUCCCUCCCUCCCUCCCUCCCUCCCUCCCUCCCUCCCUCCCUCCCUCCCUCCCCAAUCCCCUCCCUCCCUCCCUCCCCAAUCCCCUCCCUCCCUCCCUCCCUCCCUCCCUCCCUCCCUCCCUCCCUCCCUCCCUCCCUCCCUCCCUCCCUCCCUCCCUCCCUCCCUCUCCCUCCCUCCCUCCCUCCCUCCCUCCCUCCCUCCCUCCCUCCCUCCCUCCCUCCCUCCCUCCCUCCCCAAUCCCCUCCCUCCCUCCCUCCCCAAUCCCCUCCCUCCCUCCCUCCCUCCCUCCCUCCCUCCCUCCCUCCCUCCCUCCCUCCCUCCCUCCCUCCCUCCCUCCCUCCCUCCCUCCCUCCCUCCCUCCCUCCUUCCCUCCCUCCCUCCCUCCCUCCCUCCCUCCCUCCCUCCCUCCCUCCCUCCCUCCCUCCCUCCCUCCCUCCCUCCCUCCCUCCCUCCCUCCCUCCCUCCCCAAUCCCCUCCCUCCCUCCCUCCCUCCCUCCCUCCCUCCCUCCCUCCCUCCCUCCCUCCCUCCCUCCCUCCCUCCCUCCCUCCCUCCCUCCCCAAUCCCCUCCCUCCCUCCCUCCCUCCCUCCCUCCCUCCCUCCCUCCCUCCCUCCCUCCCUCCCUCCCUCCCUCCCUCCCUCCCUCCCUCCCUCCCUCCCUCCCUCCCUCCCUCCCUCCGUCCGUGCUCUAUGUGAUUAAAUGUUUCUCACCUCCAUUCACACUGUGUGUUACAAUCAUCUGCAUUCCCCCUGCUGCCCCAUGGCCAUCCCCUUCCAUGCGCAGCCAUCAUUAUCACCAGCAGCAGCAGCAGCAGCAGCAGCAGCAGCAGCAGCAGCAGCAGCAGCAGCAGCAGCAGCAGCAGCAGCAGCAGCAGCAGCAGCAGCAGCAGCAGCAGCAGCAGCAGCAGCAGCAGCAGCAGCAGCAGCAGCAGCAGCAGCAGCAUCACCACCUCAGAGCCAGAGAGAGAGCCUCUAGCAGGCGCCGCAGACAGGCAGCCCAGCAGCUGCUGCUUUCCCCUUCUCUUACCUUGCCUCGAGUGCAUUGCGCCUCUGAUGCCGUCGCAGGAGAUUGUGAGAGCCGGGGUGGAGAGGAGGAGGGGGAGAAGAGAGGUGGGAGGAGAGGGGAGAGGAGGGGUGAGAGGAGGGGUGAGAGGAGGGGAAAGAGAGGUGAGGGACCGGUAGGGAGGGGCAUUGGGGAUGGAAAAAAUGGUGGGGUCAUGGAGUGUAUUAGAGAUGGGGAUGGGGAGGGAAAUGAGGGGCGUGAUGGGGAGGUUGCAGAGGAGUUGAUAGGUGCAUUUUAUGAUGACUUGAGUGAUGAAGGCUGGGUCAGCGAGGCUGCUUGUAACGAGGAUAGCAGCAGUGAUUACAGCGAAGGCGCUUCCGUGACACGGCAUUGCAGUCGCACGGAUGGCAAGGGGUGGGUGUGCACGAGGAUUCCGAGGCUGGGAUUCUCGCUGUGCGAUCACCACAUUGGGAAAGCGGCGAAGCUCGUGGCAAAAAAGCGGGAAGAGAAGCUGGUUGCAGCUGCUGGGGACAUUGAGGAAAGGGAGGAAGGGGGGAGGGACUGGGGGGACGGGGAGGAAGGGGAGGAGGACGGGGAAAGGUCUGAUGGUGGAAAGAAGGGUGAAAUGCAGAAGGGUGGAAAGAAGGAGUGGAAAGUUGACAGCUCUCAGAGUUAUGCCAAGGAUAGGGAGAUGAGGAGGGUAAGGAGAGUGAGACACCAGAAGCACAACUGCUGA